UGACCCGGAAGUGUUUUUUAAUGUUGCUCACAAUACGCUGAUACAAGACGCUGAUGUUAUCGACUGUCAUGGCGGCCAAGGUCUUGAUGGUAUCUGUCCCUGCCGUUUUGGGCUUGGCGUCUGUCAGGGUUUAUAGAGUCAGCGAGGUCACAAAGGAGGAGAUGGUCUCACCUCAACAGCUUUCCAUCUACACACCCCUGCCCUUUCCACAGGAGCUGCAUUUUAUAGAGGAACAGCCGGGGGCACUACAGAAAAGAUUGACUGCAGUUAGAGAGACCAUUCAGGGUGCAUUUGGUUCUGUAAAAGUAGAAGCUGGAAACCUCUCCAUCGUUGGCCUAGAUGUGUACCACUACCUGAAGGACCCUCCCUCUGGCUUCCUCCCCAGACUGGCCUCAGUUACUUUGACUGGCCUGGUGGGCAUGAUGUUAACUCGGAGAGGUUCUCGUGUAAAAAAGCUGGUUGUUCCAUUGGCAUUGAUGACGGCAGCAACAUCCAUCUGCUACCCAGCCCAAACUGUAGCCCUGCUUAAGGUAUCCAUGAGGAAAUUGAAUGCAACUUCUCUGUGGAGUAGCUCAUUGGUCACCUCUGUGUUCUCCCCCGGUCCAGCCUGUUCUGGCCAAUCAGGCCCUGCCUCUCCUGACCGAACAGGCCACCCCAUCACUGGCCAGGCCUACUCCACCCUCUUGUCUGAGAAACCCCCCAGACCACCUACUGAGCACCAACAGCUGUCCAUCCAGUGUACAUCUGUGCAAGUGACUGACAUUGCACAAGAGGAAGAGGGUUCUUCCUCUUACUCUGCCCCAGAGGAGGAGUCUGUCCCUGCCCAUGACCCUACCCCAGAGGAGGAGUCGGUCCUUACCCAUGACCCCACCCCAGAGGAGGAGGAGUCUGUCCCUGCCCAUGACUCCACCCCAGAGGAGUCUGUCCCUGUCCCUGCUGGCUUUGAGGAGUUUUUGGUGGGAGGCUCUGUACCCGCCAAAUCACCAUCAGAUAAUCCAUUACACACAGGGAAGUCUUCUUUCAGUCCUGACCAUAAGCUCCUCGACUAUGGUCAGUCUAACCCUGCCGAUGCAGACCUGUACAGCACCCGAUGAUGAUGGGGAGAAAAGAGGAGAAGAGAGAACAGGAGGUGUAAUGUCUCAAUAAUCAAAUGAUCCAGACAGACAUGGCCUUGCCAUGCAAAGGCAUUAAGAUAAAUAUUUUUUAUAAACAUUUACUCUUUGUUUGUCUUGGUUUUAAAUGCAACUUUCAACAGUCUAAAGGUCCUUUCUCACAAAUACUGUUUUUGUUCAGAAUAAUGGAAAAAUUAUUAUAAUUUAAGAUUAUCUGCUUUGUACAGCUAGACAGAUAGUUAACAGCAAUGAAGAGAAACUCCAGAAGUCUUGUUGAGGAUUGUUGUUUUAUAUUUUGUUCUCUUUUCUUCCUCAGUUUUAUUUCUUUAGUUUUCCUCCAUUUAAGUCUGUAAGACUGAAAGAAUAAACAGAAAAUAAACAUUACAAAA